AAUAAUUUACACUGAAUGCCCCAGUCCCCUGGAUGAGCCCUUUAUAAGAGCGCAGGCUUCACCUCCAAUUCCAGUCUUCUCAAUCCCAGACCUGAACACCUCAGUCCGACCGAGGGCAACUUGAAGCAACUCGUAGAUGGCAUCGAAGAUGAAGGACCGGAAGAGAACUCCAAUCUCGCACAAAGUCAUCGAAAAAAGAAGACGGGACCGGAUCAAUCGCUGCCUCAACGAGCUGGGAAAAACCGUCCCAAUGGCGCUCGCCAAACAGAACUCGGGCAAACUGGAGAAAGCAGAGAUCCUGGAGAUGACGGUUCAGUAUCUCCGCGCGCUCCACUCCGCUGAUUUCCCCAGAGGAAGAGAAAAAGGAGAACUUCUGGCAGAGUUCGCCAACUACUUCCACUACGGCUACCACGAGUGUAUGAAGAACCUGGUCCACUAUCUGACCACCGAGGACCGAGCGGAAACCAAAGACAUCAAAUACGCGCGCAUCCUGGCCUUUCUGCAGUCCAAAUCCCGAGCGGUCACCGAGCCGGUGUUCGGCUCAGUUGGGACCAUCCCAGACGCGUCUGACUACUUGUCGCAGUUGCACUCGUCUCCGGAGCACCAGAGCCACAGCCCCAGCGAAGCCGUGUUCCAGCAGAGUCCAGCGGGACACUUUCCGUGGCACAAUCCGGCGCACUACCCCGCGGUGCCGCAGCCGCACAGCGGCUACCUGUCACCGGUGCAGGGACUUGACCACCACCACUACUUCAACUUCAUCGGUCACACGCACGCCAACACUUUUAGCUUGCACAGCGCGCAGCAUGCCAUGUAG